AAUUUCCAGUCAUAAAAUCGUUGAUAAAGGCAGACAUAUCACAGGUGAUUGCUUUGGCAUCACAUUAUUUCCACUUGAAAAAUAACUCUAUUCCCCCGGAGCUUCCUGUGAAGAAAUGGCUGACAAUACUCCUCCUGCUGAGAAGACAAAAUCAAUAGCAAGGUGUGUACAAGAAAUCUCUAGCAGCAGCAAAGAACCACCACGAAGAUAUUGCUAUAGAGAUGGAAUUGGUGUAUGCUCGGACAUUCCAGUUAUGGAGAUUGCAGUUAUCGAUAUUGAUCUUCUUGAAUCUCCAUGUCCUAACAUACAAGAACUUGAUAAACUCCGCUCUGCUCUCAGCUCAUUCGGCUGUUUCAUGGCUAUAAAUCACGGAAUGACAAGUUCGUUCUUGGACAAAGUGCGCUUAGUUAGCAAGCAAUUCUUUGCACUUCCCAUGGAGGAAAAGCAGAAAUAUGCUAAAAAUGAUAACAGCAGAGAAGGCUAUGGAGAUGAGGUGGUCUAUGCAGAAAAUCAAGUACUUGACUGGAAUGACCGAUUGAUCCUUGGACUGUGCACAGCAGAUCAACAACAGGUUGGGUUCUGGCCUAAGAAUCCUGCAAAUUUUAUGGAGACCGUAUUGGAAUACACCACGAAGUUACAGCUGAUAACCAAGGUUGUCCUGAAGGCCAUGGCGAUGUCAUUGAACUUGGAUAAUCGCUGCUUUUUAGAUAAAUAUGGAGAUAAAGCAACACUGCGCUUGAGAUUUAACUUGUUUCCUCCAUGUUCGAGGCACAAUCAAGUUCUUGGACUAAAACCGCAUUCAGAUGCAUCAGCAAUCACCAUUGUCCUUCAAGACAAAGAAGUGGAAGGUCUUCAGAUACUGAAAGAUGAUCAAUGGUUUCAAGUUCCCGUCGUUCCUGAAGCUCUUCUCAUUAACAUUGGAGAUCAGAUAGAGAUAAUGAGCAAUGGAUCGUUCAAGAGCCCAAUACACAGGGUUGUGAUAAACCCGGAAAAGGAAAGGUUUUCUCUGGCUGUAUUCUGCUUACCGGAUCCUGAUACCGAUAUUGAACCUGUAGAUGGGUCAGUCAACGACGCAAGACCAAGACUAUACAAGAAGGUGAACAACUAUGUUAGUACCUUCCUUCAAUUUUAUUACCAGGGAAAGAGACUGAUAGAUCAUCUGAAUAUUUAACUUUUCUAAGAUCUUGCUAAUGGAGGAUGUUUUCAUACUGUCAAUGUAAUUGAGGUUCAUGAUACAACAUUUUCAUUAAAUAAUAAAAUAUUACAUCAA